CUAAUUGUUAUUGAUUGCCAAAGCAGGGAGAUAAUCAAGGCACCUCCGGCAAAGUACGUGGCAUUAUCUUAUAUUUGGGGACAACAAAAACCAAGAGAAAAGGACGUGGAAGAAAAGGAAGGUCGCCUGUACUUAACAGGCCCGCUUGGAAAGACGAUCGAGGAUGCCAUCAUCGUUACUCAACGGCUUAACCUACGCUACCUCUGGAUUGAUCGAUAUUGUAUACCGAAGGAUGAUCUCGAGCACCAGAUUAGUAGAAUGCACGAGAUUUACGGAGGGGCUUAUGUUACCAUCAUAGCUGCAGCCGGAAAUGGCCCUGAACACGGGAUCCCCGGAGUCAAUAACAGGACACGAAUCAAACCACCCCCGGUUACAAUCGGAUCACGCACUUUGCAUGCAACCUUUCCUUCCCCAAAACUACUCGUUGAAGGAAGCAAAUGGUAUUCCCGAGGCUGGACUUUCCAAGAAGGCUUGUUAUCUUGCCGUCGGCUUGUUUUCACGGACCAUCAAGUCUAUUUCCAUUGC